CUCGUCACCCGAGUCUCCCUCCACAAACAUCACUCAUACCUCUCAAACUCUCUAAUCUCUACCAAUUUCACUCUCAUUAUCUUCACCAACAAACCAACACAUCACACACCAAUGGCACAACCUUCCAAGGCACGAGGCAGCAGGAGGCUAUCAUCCUCAUCCUCAUCCUCGUACACAUCAACCUUAACAACACUAAUCUUCAUCGCAUUAUGUGUUUUGGGCAUAUGGAUGUUAACCUCUAACUCCGUAGUCACACCUAAAACACGUACAUCCAUUGAUGAUAACAACUCCGAAACCAUCAACACUGACCUCUCUUCCACCGAAGAGACACCCGAAACCACCACCACCACCACAACAACAACAACAAACAUCCCACUUGAUUCAUCUGAAACCACCUCAAACAUCGCAGAAGAGUCACAUGAAACCGCUACAAAUAUCCCAGAAGAGUCACAUGAAACGGCUACAAAUAUCUCAGAAGAGUCACAUGAAACAAACGCAAAUAUCUCAGAAGAGUCGCACGAAACCGCCACCAAAAGUCAAGACCAAAAGGACAGUACUAGUACUGUGUUCGGAGACAACCCUGGUAAUCUCCCUGACGAAGAUGCCAUAAAAAACAUGUUAGCUCAAAAACAAGAAGGUGUGUCCAUUGCAAACGAAGGUGCAGGUUCAAACAACGAUCAGAAAAUCACUGAGAAUGAGAAAGAGGCGCAAAGGGCUCAAGUAUCCGAAGAGAACCAAAAGGGUGAAGAAGAGAACAACAUGGCUCAAGAUGAAAAUGCUAUUACAAAUGCAAAUGCUAGUGAAAAUCAAGAAGAAGGCACGGGUGGUGGUCAACAAAGUCUUGACGUGCAAGGGUCGAAGAAUAUUAAUGAUGAUGAAGCGAAUGUGCAACAACUGAGAGAAGACAAGGGUGAAGUGAUAGAGAAAGAUCAAAAGGAAAUGGUGCAAGAUGAAGGUGGAGAAACGGAGAAGCCCAAAGUGGAGAAGAAUAAGCGGAGGAAGUCAAGCAAGGAGAUGAAGAAGGAGUGGUCAACACAAGCAGAUGAGUCUCAUGGUGAGAAAAAGAGACAAAAGGAAGCAGACACGGAGUUGCAAGACUUGAAGUGGAGUCUAUGCAAUGUCACAGCUGGUGCUGAUUAUAUUCCAUGUUUGGAUAAUGAAAAGUAUCUGAAAACUUCCCAUAGAAAACACUACGAACACAGAGAGAGGCACUGCCCUGAAGAUGCACCUACUUGCCUGGUGCCAAUUCCCCCAAAUUACAAAGUACGAAUCCAAUGGCCUAGCAGCAGAGAUAAGAUAUGGUACCACAACAUACCACACACUUUGCUAGCAGACGUGAAGGGACACCAGAAUUGGGUCAAGAUGACGGGUGAGUUCUUGACAUUUCCUGGAGGUGGCACUCAGUUCAUUCAUGGUGCUCUCCACUACAUUGAUUUUCUUCAACAGGCUGAACCAAGUAUUGCAUGGGGAAAACACACUAGGGUGAUUUUGGAUGUUGGGUGUGGGGUAGGCAGUUUUGGAGGAUUCCUAUUUGAAAGAGAUGUUAUUGCUAUGUCUUUUGCACCCAAAGAUGAGCAUGAAGCACAAGUGCAAUUUGCCCUUGAGAGAGGGAUACCAGCUAUAUCUGCUGUCAUGGGUACUCAAAGGCUGCAAUUCCCCAGCAACGUCUUUGAUCUUGUUCAUUGUGCACGUUGUCGUGUACCUUGGCAUGAAGAUGGUGGCAUGUUGCUUUUGGAAUUGAAUCGUGUUCUUAGACCAGGGGGUUUUUUUGUGUGGUGUGCGACACCUGUGUACCAAACGAUUGAAGAAGAUGCUGAGAUAUGGAAGCAAAUGACUGCAUUAACCAAGUCCAUGUGUUGGGAACUCGUGACCAUAAAAAAGGACGAAUUAAAUAAAGUUGGUGCUGCCUUCUAUCGCAAACCCACUUCCAACGAAUGCUUGGAACAAAGGGAGCAAAACCAACCUCCUAUGUGCAAAGAUGAUGAUGAUCCAAAUGCAGCAUGGUAUAUUCCUUUACAAGCAUGCAUGCAUAAGUUGCCUGUUGGCAAGGAUGAGAGGGGAGCUAGAUGGCCUGAACCAUGGCCUCUUAGACAACAAAAAGCCCCAUAUUGGUUUGAUAAACAAGCUUCUCAAGAUUUUGCAGCAGAUAAUGAACGUUGGAUAAACAUUGUAGAUGAGUUGAGCAACAUUGGGGUUACUUGGUCUAACGUGAGAAAUAUCAUGGACAUGCGAGCUACGUAUGGAGGAUUUGCAGCAGCUCUAAAGGAUCUUCCUGUUUGGGUAUUCAAUGUGGUGAACAUAGAUGCUGCUGACACACUUCCUAUCAUAUAUGAGCGAGGUUUUAUUGGAAUGUACCAUGAUUGGUGUGAAUCCUUUAGCACUUAUCCACGAACUUAUGAUCUACUGCAUGCAGAUCAUCUUUUCUCAAAUGUAAAGAAUAGGUGCAAUCUCGUUCCUGUCAUAGCGGAGGUUGAUAGAAUACUUAGACCAGAAGGUAAUUUGAUUGUUCGUGAUGAACCCAAUGUCAUUGGCGAAGUUGGGGUUUUGUUGAAAUCUUUGCAUUGGGAAGUAACCUCCACAAUCCAUGAGGGGGUGCUCUGCGGCAAGAAAGGCAAAUGGCGACCCAACUCUUAAAGUAUAUUUGUCUUGAUUAAGGAGACAACAUUGGUGAUUCAAUUUAAGAUUUAUGUUUUCAGACAAGUUGUCCACUAGCAGUGACAUGGGGUUUGGUCUAUCAUCGGCCUUCUUUGGCACAAUAGUUAUCCUAAAAAUGUCACACCAUUUUAUUGAUGCAUAGCAUUCAAGUAUUACCCCCCAAAAAGAACAUGAUCUAAUACACAGAUCAGCAGACAGAGAGAUUUGUAAUUGUCAAUAUAAAAUGUCACUGUCUAGUUAUUUUGUUCAAUGCAUGCAUUUAGAAGCAACAUUUUUCUAAUUCAAUAUAUUAUAUAACAGGAUUUUUCAUU